GAUUGGGAACACGAGCAACGCCUCUUCGGCGCGGGGUUUUCCCAAAACCUCGCCAUGGCGUGUCCGACGUCGCCACGCGGGGCCAAUGGCCGGAAGCAAGCCACGGGGCGACGAGGCCGCGGCUCCCGCGUCCUUACGCCGGGCCUCCGCAGACUUGGCGCGCCUGGCGAAGGGCGAAAACUGGCCCCGGGCGCUGCACACGCUCUCCAACCUGUCCGCCGCCGGUGUGGUGUGCGACGCGGUCUGCUGGAACGCGGCCUUUGGGAGCCGCGGCGCCUCGCGCUGGCGGGCGGGGGUCUUCGGCCUGCUGCGCUCGGCCCGGGCGCAGCAGGUGCGGGCAGACGUGGUCAGCUUCAACGUCGCCACCGCGCGCGUCGGAGAGACGCCUGGCGGAUGGAGAAAGGCGCUGGCGCUGAACUGGGAGAUGCGACAGGCGGCGCUUGCUCCGGACGAGGUGAGCAUCAACAGCGGCGUCACUGCCCUGCGCGGCGCAGCGCCUGCCGAGUCCUGGCGCUGGGCGCUGAACCUUCUGAGGUGCGGCGGGAACUUGGUGACUUUGAACGCGGUGAUGGGUGUGUGUGAGAAGAGCGCUUUGUGGCUGCAGGCCGGUGCCGUGCUGGAGCUUGUGAUGCAGCCAGACCUGGUCACCUUCAGCACAGUGGCGAGCGCCAGCUUGAGAGGCCAAGCGUGGCGCCAGGCGCUGGCGGCGGAGAAGGGCGACGUGGUGGGCUUCGGGCUGGCGUUGGCCGCGGCGGGGCGCCGGGGCUGGGAAGAUGCCCAGGCCUUGAUGCAGGACCUGGGCGGCGCGCGCAUCGAGCCGAGCCUGGUGUGCCUGGGUGCGCUGCUCAGCGCUUUGGAGUCGAGCUGCGUGUGGCGGAGGGCGCUGGGCGCUUUGAGGCGUGGGCCGGAGGCGCCUCCUCCGGCGGCCAGCGCGGUGUGCCUGGGCGCGGCCUCCACGGCCUGCGCACGAACCGCGCAGUGGCGCGAAGGCCUACGACUGGCGAGCGGUCCUUUCGCCGACCUGGUGACCUUCAGCAGCGCCAUCAGCGCCUGCGACGCGGGGAAGCGCUGGGUGCAAGCGCUGCGCUGCUUGAGGGCGGCGGGUCGCCACACGGACCUCGUGAGCCACAACACGGCGCUCAGCGCCUGCGGCCGCGCCUGGCGUGCGGCGCUGCGCACGCUGCGAGCCAUGCCGGGCCGGCGCUUCACCCCCGACGGCCUCAGCCUCGCCGCGGCAAGCAGCGCCGCGGCGAGCCGCACGGGGGCUUGGGCCUGGGCCCUGCGCCUGGCCGCGGAGGGUGGCAACGUGGUGUGCUACGCCUCCGCCCUGGACGCGGCCGUCGCCUCCGCCUCCGCCUCGGAGUGCUCGGCGCUGUUCGCGCUGCCCCAAUUGCUGCGGCGGCUGGCGAGCGCGGGCGUGGAAGCGGUGAGAGGCGUGUAGGUGGCAAUAGCAGCCCAAAACGGGCCACGAAUCUGCAGCCCAAGGCCUUGACUGCUAUUGGGUUGGA